UUCCGGACUGCUUUUGUUAAACAUGGAUGUUGAGCAUCCACAAAUAGGCAAAACUUUGUCUAAUUCCACGUCAACUGCAUUUUCUCCUGUACCAUUUCCGGGAAAUACCAGACAGCAACAAGAAAACCUUGAUUUAUCCGAAUGUCCUAUCCGUUUAGAAGAAGGAGAGAAUUUUAAUCAAAUAAAUGAAGAUGAGAUAAGAAAAUCGUUGUUAGUUGAAGCUAAAAGGAGAAAAUGUUGGAAUUCAAAAGCUAUUGAAAAAAUGGUUUUUGAGGAAAUUGUUCAUAAUUGUUGUUAUCAUUAUGUAUUGGAAAGCUUUACUGAAACAAGGAGUACAGCAGAUGCUGUUCAACCAAGUUCUUCUACAAUGUCCAAUUCAUCUGCUCUUGUUCGUAUUCGCAGCUUUGAAGAGAGUGGCUCGACUGUGGAUAUUUCAACAAAUUCUCUUAAUUCAAAAAUUAAUAAUCCGACCAUAACUAAAACUUUGUUUUCUGCCGAUUUUGGUCACAAUCCUUGGGAUUUUGAUGUGAAACCUGAUGAUGAUUUUGUUAAUCAGAUUAAAAUAUUGGAAAUGCCCAAUUCUCAGCGCCUUUCUACCUGCCAUACUUGUAAAGGAGAAGCACUUAUUCAUUGUUUUCAUUGUCGUGGCCUUGGCACAGACAAAUGCACCUAUUGUAGAGGAACUGGCAUGAAAGCAGGUGUCGCACAUCCAGCACUUUAUACUCACCCAAUGAUUGGGACCUUUUCUGGGGAUAACAGAAAAAGCGUUGGUGGAGGUAUCUCCUCGUCAAACAGAGGAUUUCCUUUUUCCGGAACUGCAAUGAUCAAACCUGCACUUUUAGGUUCUCAACGUGAUAAACCAUAUGCGGCUGGAACGCCUGUACAUUUUAUGGCAAAGGCUGGACUUCCUCCUCCAGGAAUUGGACAACAUGAUUUGUGCAUUUUUUGCCAUGGUCGUGGAAUUCGUGACUGUCAACAUUGUAAAGGUCAAGGAAAGAAAUGUUGUUUGGCAUGUGGAGGAAAUGGCCAAGUACGGAUUUUCACCAAAUUAAAAGUUGCAUUUGCUGUAGAGUGUUCUGAUUACUACACUCCAUGUGAAAUGCCUGAUCAUUUAUUACGUCAAGCUAAUGGACAACUAAUUUUUACAGAAACUCGGCCUUAUGUUCAUCCAGUUAGAAAGCACAAAAUAAAAGAAAUCAACGAAGUCAGUAAACACUUUUGUGCUGCACAUUUGAAAAGGCUUUUGGAUUCAUGUCGUGUAUUAAAGCAAAGACAUUGUAUUGAACGAAUUAUGGUAGCAAAAGUACGUUUUAAGUUGGGUUCAAAAUGUGGCCGAUUUUUUGUAUUUGGGGAUCAACGCCUUUGUUAUAUACCAAAAGAAUCUAUUUCGUCAAAUUGUUCUCUUAUGUGA